GAAAAACUCAGCCAAGCAAAAAGUUGCAGAUCAGAGCUGCUGUUCCUCGGUGUGCAAUGGACGGCCGCCUAGAGACUGAAUUGUAUCCUAUGGGAUCAAGUUACCCAGAAUUAGACGUUGUUCACGAUAUUGCAGUUGGUACAAAGAGAGGAUCUGACGAGCUGUUCUCCUGUGUUUCCAGUGGGCCGUAUAUAAUGAGCUCAGCGGCUAACGGCAACGACAGCAAGAAGUUCAAAGGGGACAUCAGAAGUCCCGGCAUUCCGUCUAGAGUUAUACAUGUUCGUAAGCUUCCCAAUGACAUCAACGAAGCUGAGGUCAUCUCCCUGGGCCUUCCGUUCGGCAAAGUCACCAAUCUGCUCAUGCUGAAGGGAAAGAAUCAGGCUUUCUUGGAAAUGAACACAGAAGAGGCAGCACAGACGAUGGUUACUUACUACUCCUCAGUAACGCCAGUCAUCAGAAAUCAUCCCAUAUACAUGCAGUACUCCAACCACAAAGAGCUGAAAACAGACAACUCCCCAAACCAAGUGAGGGCACAGGCAGCACUGCAGGCAGUGAAUGCUGUUCAGACAGGUAGCAUGUCCAUAGCUGGUGUUGACCCAUCAGGUAUGACCGGUCCCAGCCCUGUCUUGAGGGUCAUUGUUGAAAACCUCUUCUACCCAGUGACCCUAGAUGUUCUUCACCAGAUCUUCUCCAAGUUUGGCACAGUGUUAAAGGUGAUCACCUUCACCAAAAACAAUCAGUUUCAAACUCUCCUGCAGUUUGCGGAUGGUCUCACUGCACAACAUGCCAAGCUGGCCCUGGAUGGACAGAACAUCUACAAUGGCUGCUGCACUCUGCGUAUCAGUUUCUCCAAACUAACCAGCCUAAAUGUGAAGUACAAUAACGACAAAAGUCGUGAUUACACACGGCCAGACCUGCCCACUGGGGACAGCCAACCUGCUAUUGAGCAUCACACCAUGGCUGCCUUUAGUAACUCUUCUCCUGGAAUCAUCUCUGCUGCACCAUAUGCUGGAGCUCACGCCUUUCCACCAGCCUUUGCUAUCCAGCAGGCUGCAGGGUUGACCCUGUCUGGGGUCCCUGGAGCCCUGGCUUCAUUGGCCAUCCCUGGAGCAGCGGCGGCCGCUGCAGCUGCCAGCAGACUGGGGUUCCCCGCCCUCCCCGGCAGCCACUGUGUCAUGCUGGUCAGCAACCUGAACCCUGAGAGAGUUACGCCCCACUGCCUCUUUAUUCUCUUCGGUGUAUAUGGGGAUGUAAUGAGAGUGAAAAUCAUGUUCAACAAGAAGGAGAAUGCUCUCAUACAGAUGUCUGAUGGGACGCAGGCCCAGCUCGCGAUGAGCCAUCUGAACGGGCAGAAGUUAUAUGGCAGGCCCUUGCGUAUUACCCUGUCCAAACACACAACUGUCCAGAUGCCACGGGAAGGACAUGAGGACCAGGGUCUCACCAAAGACUACAGCAACUCUCCUCUUCAUCGCUUCAAGAAACCAGGCUCCAAAAACUACUCCAACAUCUUUCCUCCCUCAUCCACACUUCACCUGUCUAACAUCCCACCCUCGGUUGUUGAGGAUGAACUCAAGAUGCUCUUUGCUACCAAUGGUGCUUUGGUGAAGAACUUCAAGUUCUUUCAGAAGGAUCGCAAGAUGGCCCUGAUUCAGAUGGGUUCAGUGGAUGAAGCAAUCGAGUCUCUGAUUCAGUUCCACAACCAUGACCUCGGAGAGAACCACCAUCUUAGGGUUUCCUUCUCCAAAUCUACCAUUUGAGAAAACUUUUAAUGGGACUGGAGUGGCCAGUCACUUUUAAACCUUAAUGAGUCUUAUCCACAAAGCUCACUUCCAUCAAUGCAGUAUUUGAUUAAAAUGGAUAGUUCACCCACAAAUGAAAAUUCUCUCAUUAUUUACUCAACCUCAUGCGAUGUGCAAGCCUUUUUUUUUUAUUUUGCUGCUGCUGCUGAACCCAAAGAUUUUUAGAAGAAUAUCUCAUCUCUGUAGGUCUGUGCAAUGCAAGUGAAUGGUGACCAAACUUUGAAGCUAAAAAAAGGACAAAGGAAAUGUAAAAUUAUUCCAUACAACUCCAAUGGUUUAAUCCAUGUCUUUUGAAGCGAAAUGAAGGUGUGGGUGAGAAACAGAUAAAUAUUUAAGUCCCUUUUUACUAUAAAUUCUCCUCCUUGCCCAGAAGAUGGCGAAAUGCACAAAGAAUGCCAAAUGCCAAAAAUGAUAGAGUGGAGAUUUAUAGUAAAAAAGGACAUAAAUAUUGAUCUGUUUCUCACCCACACCUAUCAUAUCGCUUUUGAAGACAUGCAUUCAACCACUGGAGUCAUAUGGAUUACUUUCAUGCUGCCUUUAUAUGAUUUUUGGACCUUCAAAGUUCUGACACCAUUCAUUUGAAAUGUAUGGACCCACAGAGCUGAAAUAUUCUUCUAAAAAUCUUUGUUUGUGUUCUGCAGAAGAAAGAAAGUCAUACACAUCUGGGAUGGAAUGAGCGAGAGUAAAUUAUGAGAUAAUUUUCAUUUUUGGGUGAACUAUUCCUUUGAGGCAUUUUAGUUUAUUUUAAAUGUUUUGUUUUACUCAAAGUUUUAGAACAGUUGUAUUUUUAGGUUCUUGUUCACAGGUUAAUUUGUUUUCAUAACUGUAGGUAUCACUCUAUCUUUUAUGCUUCAGUUUUCAGACUUUUUAAGCCUUAAACAAUGAUUUUAUGUAGAUGCAGAGGGAAACCACUUUAGGCCUUUGAUUCCGUAAUGUACCAUUUGUGCCUUACUGCUCAGUAUUUCCAAAACCUCAAUCAAACAUCUGCCACUAAUGUUUGCAAAUCUGUAGUUUACGAUCCAUUUUGUGCCCUCAGGGCCAAACAUUCAUGCUUACAGGAGACCGGGAUAAUUGCAUCAGGCUUAUGGUAUAGGCCUUAAACUCUACACCUCUGUAUAAUGUAUCUCCCAGUGGGGUUGUACUUGUCAUAUCCUCUAGCUUUAUCAUUUAUACUGUAUCUUUAGACAGAGAAUGUUUACAGACAUUCCUUCAAGUUUAUGCAAUCUUUUCUGUAUAAAUUCAAUAGUGAAGUAUUGCCUAGAUUUGCAUUGUUUUUAUACUGUGGGCCAUUGCAUGUUGGCCUUGGUCAGUGGCUCAUUAACCACUGUCUGUUUACUGUUUGUCCUGUUCUUUGCGUAGAUGUUUAGCUAUGGGCUUCGUAUUAUUUUGUGAUAUAGCAGAUUAUUUAAGCUAUUCGACUUAAAAGCCUCGUAUAUUUUAUGUAUUCAUGUACCUGUGUGUACACUACAGCUUGAAGCCAAAGCCUUUCCUCUGUUUACCUUCAUAAGGGAUAUCCUGACACCUUUUAGUCUCAAAUGAAAAAAAGGCAUGUAGAAACAUGUCUUCUCAGUGCUUACGAGUGAUAUUCAGAGGUGCUCUGUGUCUCUCUGUAGAGAACUGUGUGAUGGAAACUGCAGUGUAGGUGAAUUGGGACAGUCAUCAGAUAUACAGUACAUUUGCCUGAUUAUAAGAACACCUGCUGAAUUGUGCACAUCAUGUGAGGAUAAAUGCUUGUAAGUCUUAAAUCAAAAAUGAUCUCCAUCAUUGACCUUUGUAAAUAAUUAAUUUAGGCCUUUAUUGUCUAAAAAGUUCAAAUUUGUUGUGCCUUCUUAAAUGAGCAAUGUCUUGGCAGACUUGUAGCAGUCCAUCCAAGAAGCAUUUUUAAAAGGUGUUUUAUGAAAGGCCUGUUAGGGGCACACAGGAACUUUGGGCCUAAAUGUGACACUGUGUUGGACCAGAGUAUAUACAAAAAGCACAACUAUAAUGUGUUUAUUAUUCCCAGCAAUGUGUCCAUAGUUAUUAGGAUCAAGUUAUUUUUAUUACUUUUUAAUUUCUCACAAGGUUGGGUAUGUUUAACCCCUCCACUGUUCACCUUUUGUUUUAUUAUUAUUUGUAUGGGACCAAUUUCAAAAUUAGUUUGAGAAACCUAAAAAACAAGGGGGGAGGGAUGCUUGUCACUUUAUAAACUGAAGAGAGAAAAAGCUGAUCUUUUGAAAACAUUCAUUCUUUACAGUGGUUAGAUAAAGCCUCAUUAUGCAUUCUUGCACAGCAUAAAAAAAUAAAAACUUAAUUUACAACAUCUGCCUUGGAUUGUAAAGUGUGUUUUUCUUACAGUGGACGGGUGAGGUGUAAAUACUAUUUUUGUAUCUCAAUGUUAAAAGUUAUUCGUUUUUAUAUCCAUGGAAACGUAUGUUUUGAUAACCAUCAGCAUGCAUGAUUAUAGUUAAAUAAUCUGUUAAAAUAUUGAUUACACUGCUUUGAAAGUCUUAUUUCAUCCUUCAUGACAUUCCUAGUUGUAAUUUUUAUGUAUUUUGCCUUCAAUAAAUAUUUGUUUACUCAA